CCGCGGACAGACGAUGAGAGAGAAGAAGAAAAAAAAAAAAGAUUUCCGACGCAAGUCCAUUCCCUGCCAGAGUAAGCCAAAGCGAAGAGCCAUGGAAGAAGUAUACAUGGCGACUCUUUCCUUAGUUCCCACUUCUACCUCCCCUGUAAACUUCCAAGUACGAAUGAGGAAACUAAACCGAGGAAGUAAGCCUUCAAAUUUCAAACUUCUCUCUCUCUUGGUUCCAUCUUCCAAGUACGAAUCUCUUGAUAUUGACCAACAGAUUUGUUUUUUCAUUCAAUGUUUUCCAGUUGCAGUCUCUCCACGCAUUAUUUGGUGUCAAAAUACUCAGAAUGGACCUGUUUCAUCACUCAAUUCUCUCUUGAAUGUUGAUUGUUUCCUCUUCCUCUUCCAUUCGUCUUUCCUUCAAAAGAAAUUCAGAUAAAUUGCUCUCGAAUACUGUCUACUCCACUGGGAAGCGGAUUUGAUCGGAGACAUAAGCAAAUUCAGUUACUGACAGGUGAUUUGUGAGGAAUGGAUGGUGAGAAGAAAGAUGAAAUGCUUGUGCAAUCAGAUGCUAAUUCUCAAUUCCCAGAUAUUGGAUUUCAGAAAGGCAUGAAUUGAAAGGCAUCAUUGUCCAUACCCAUGAACUCAAUGGGGUCAUACGAAAGUGAAAAGAAUCUCGCUAGUCAUUCCAAACCUUUGCAGAACGAUAGAAGAAUUUCCACCAUACAAAUGAGUGGCCCAUUUUUUAUUAGGAGUCCUGAGAAUUUUAGUCAGCCUAUGAAUGGGAUAGCAGGUCUGAAGUCACCUGCUCUAUUGGAAGGACAAUUACGCCCCUCUAAUGGGAUGGAAGAAAAAGACUGGUCAAACAAUCACUUCACCGGCAAUAGUGAACAUUCAUUAAAUUAUGGGCCAUUGGGUGUAUGCAGCAAUCCUUGCUGCACAACUUGCCUAUCAUCUUCUAAUUUUAAAGCAGAAAAAAAGCAAAAGAAAUCAAGAGAUUCGAGCUUAUUUGACCUGAAGUUGCAUAAUGCUUUCCAUGGAGAUGCUAAAGGUUGUGCGCGUAUGAUUAUUAACAUUCUACAUCCAUUCAUUCCUGCUGUCUUGAAGCCUCAUGCUAGACUUGUUCAACAAUGGAAUAAAUUUUUUGUUAUUGCUUGCUUGGUGGCGAUAUUUAUAGAUCCUUUGUUCUUCUUCCUGCUCACUGUUCAACAGGAUCACAAUUGUAUAGUUCUGGACUUGCCCUUGACUACAACGCUUGUGAUUUUUAGGACAGUUACUGAUUUAAUUUAUUUUUUACACAUGCUUCUUCAGUUUAGGAUAGCUUAUGUUGCUCCAGAAUCAAGAGUGGUGGGUGCCGGAGAUUUUGUUUUCCAUCCAAAGAAAAUUGCUCUCCAUUACCUUCGUGGCUAUUUUUUCAUUGAUCUAUUCAUCGUAUUACCACUGCCUCAGAUCAUUGUAUUGGUGAUCUUACCUGAUUAUGUCGGAUCGUCAGGAGCAAAUUAUGCAAAGAGUCUUUUGCGGGCAACACUUCUUCUUCAAUACAUACCCAAACUUUUCAGGUUCCUACCUUUGCUUGCUGGCCAGUCUCCAACAGGCUUCAUAUUUGAAUCAGCAUGGGCAAACUUUGUCAUUAAUCUUCUCACAUUUAUUUUGGCUGGGCAUGUUGUUGGCUCAUGCUGGUACCUCUUGGGGUUACAGAGGGUGAAUAAAUGUCUAGAAGAGGCCUGCAAUAAUUCUCAGCAGAGGUCCUGUAACGACUUCAUAGAUUGUGGGCAUGGGGAAAAAAUAGCAAAAUUUUCUAGCGACCCCGAAUGGCAGAGUUGGCUGUAUAAUGAAAAUGCUACUGCUUGUUUUGUCACUAAUGGAACUUUCAGUUAUGGUAUUUACAACCAAGCUGUGUCUUUGACCACAAUGUCAAGCAUCGUCACAAGAUAUGUCUACUCCCUGUUUUGGGGUUUCCAGCAAAUCAGUACUUUGGCUGGAAAUCAAGUUCCUAGUUAUUUUGUAUGGGAAGUUCUUUUUACAAUGGGCAUCAUCGGACUUGGGCUCUUGCUGUUUGCUUUACUUAUUGGAAAUAUGCAGAACUUUCUCCAAGCUCUGGGAAAGAGGCGACUAGAUCUGCAACUAAGGCGGCGUGAUGUUGAGCACUGGAUGAGGCAUCGGCGCUUGCCCGAAGAAUUAAGAAGGAAAGUACGAGCAUCAGAAAGGUUUAACUGGUCUGUUACACAAGGCGUAGAUGAAGAAAUUCUAAUGAAAGAUUUGCCGGAGGACGUACAAAGAGAAAUCCGUCAUCAUCUUUUUAAAUUUAUCAAGAAAGUCCGCAUUUUUGCCCUAAUUGAGGAUCCAGUAUUAGAUGUCAUCUGUGAGAGAAUAAGGCAAAGCAUAUACAUACAAGGAAGCAGAAUUUUAAAUGUUGGAGAACCAGUUGAGAAUAUGAUCUUUAUUGUAAGGGGUAAAUUGGAGAGCAUUGGAGAAGAUUCGACUGUAUUUCCAUUGUCAGAAGGGGAUGUUUUUGGUGAGGAGCUACUCACAUGGUGUCUUGAGCACUCUUCAAUGAACAAAGAUGGACGAAGAAUCAGUAUCCCAGCCCCUGGACAGAGAUUGCUGUCCAACAGGAUUGUUAAAUGUUUAACUAAUGUGGAAGCAUUCUCACUCCGAGCUGCUGAUUUAGAAGAAGUCACUACCCGUUUUUCAAGACUUAUGCGGAAUCCACGUGUUCAAAGAGCCAUAAGGUACGAAUCACCCUAUUGGAGAACAAUUUCAGCAUACCGUAUCCAAGUAGCUUGGAGAUACAGAAAGAAACGAUUGACUUGACGGAAUACCUCUAAUCAGGAACUUCAGGAAAUAAGGGAAUGAAGUGUUGGAACAUGCACAUGCAUGUUUCAGAUGUACUAUUACUGAUCUGCAUUGUCUGUUCACCUUUGUGAAUAGGUUCCAAUAAAAGGAGUAUAGGUCGGUCAAUCUUGUUAUCAGUUAAUUGGAGACUACAUAUCUCAUUUAUGUUCUCUACUUAAACAUCUCCUCAUGAUCUUUUCGGACGAAGUCUUGAAUGAUUUUGUGGGGAAGUUCCAUUAUGAUUAUUACCAGAUCACUUCACCCCUUUUCUAUAAACAAUCAUAUAUCAGGUGUUCUUUAUUGUUCAA